ACACAUGCGUCGCCUGCUGCCGCUGAAAAUUAUCUCGUCUCGAUUCUCGUUCAUUCGUAAAAGCAAAACUUUUGCUUCGGUACACAUUGCUCCGUACGUGUAUGUACAGGUAUAUAUGUUGUAUUGGCACGAGCCUAUUAAUAAUCUUAUAAAGUCGGGCGCUUAUCACGAUAACGAGUCAUUGAAAAUCAAACGCUCGUCGCGACAAUACAGGUGCAAUGUAAAAUUGGAGAAUUCGCCUUGUGACAUUAAAAAAAAAGCAACGCCGUGCAUAAAUUGAUCGUCAGAGUUGAUAGUCGCUGCAGCGUUUCUGUGAUCUUUCGCAUAAAUAAUAAUACCGCAUCGCCGCCUCAUACCGUACCUAGAAUGCCAAGUGGACCCGUCGCAACGCUCGGAACCACGUCUGGGCUGCUAGGCCAACAAAUACGCCUCUUGCAUCUCGAAGCGAUAGAUUUUUGUAAGACUAAAGUGAUCAUUUAGUGCUGUGGUCUACAUCAAAACACGCAGGCAGGCGUGAGAGUGAAAGUUUUUUUUUUUGGAAAAAAUUCAAGUGAAUCGGCGGAACGCAGUCUGCAGCGUCGAGUUUCCCAUGGUUUGGCGAGCAAUAUAAACAGAGAAGAACAAACAUAGAUAUUUCCAACGGCUGUUUGCCUCGUUUUCGAGUAUAUAUACAAGUUGCUCAAAGGACCGGAUCAUCGUCAGUAUUCUGUUGCGGUCAGCGUUGAAUCGGUGUUAGAGAGAUCUCGGUGUGCCACGAACGCGGGACGCGUUAAAUUCUCCGCAGUUUUUCCGCGAGAAAAAGGUGAAAAAUUCUCAACCUUCCUUGGCAAAAUGUCCGCGUUCUGCUGUGUAGAUCGGGCAUUGGCGGUCAAGCUGAUCGGUACCUUUGGACUGUCCUUGUCGAUCUUGAUGAUCAACAUGCUGGUAAGCAACUUCUUCGCCCGGCCGGAAGAGGAGGACUUCAUCCUUGCCAUCGAGUCUUGGGUUUUGUUCGGCUUAAACUGGACCUUCGUAAUGCGUAACCUGCAAGUGGUAGAAACUGCCCAAGCUUUGAUGACGUGCGUGAUCAUCUACACGCUGAUUUCGUUGUUUGCCAAUGCGCUCUUAGCUUUGGGAGCUUUAUUGCGUAAACCAUCCUACACUUUGCCAUACAUGUACAUACAAAUGAUCAGCAUCGCGGACCAGACUUUCGCUUUGAUGAUACAAUUGGCUAAGAGCGGGGAUAGUCAAAACUACGAUAAAUCGGGCUGGUAUAUUCCCGCCUGCAGCGCCUAUCUUUUACUUAGCGCCUACUUCUGGAUGAUCGUAUCGGACGCGCGCCGCGAGUGGCUUGACAACGAAAGAACAAGCGAGAUCGAAGCUGCAUUGGCCGGAGUGAGCAGGCACUCUCAGCUCCAAGGCAAUGCUAUGGACUCAAAUCUACCCAAGACUCCGUCCUACAUCUCCACGGGCUUGUUCAGUUUCGACCGUAGCCCUUGCCCACCGUCGAGGCAAAUUUUCACAAUGGUUUGAAAAGGCCUGAUCCAUUAAAUGAGCCAUGUGUGCUAUGUGAUAAUUUCUAUUCGAUAAUUUAAAAAAAUGUAAAUAUAGUUAUGUAAGAUGUAUGAAUGAUUGUCUCAAAGUUUGUAUGUAUGCGUAAACAAGGAUUGCUUUUCAAUUGGCCAUGCAAUGAGCGAUAAGCAUUUAACAUAGUUUAUGUAUAAAAUAAGUUGAAAUGCAUGACUCCAGAGAAUAAAGACUACAAUGUGAUAUUUGACCAAAUAAAAAAAAACAUAAAAACGA